GAGAGAAGGCGUGACCGGGUGGCUCGGGGCUCACACUCUACCCCGUCACACGAGGCCCAAGUCCGCUGAACGUCCCUCAGGAACCAGCUUCCUCACACGUCACAAAAGUCGAGAAGAAAACAUCCGCGUAAUCAUUAGGGACGAGAGAGGCCAACCUAAGGGAGCCGAGCAGCGGUUCUUACCUGUAUGGGGCCACACUCAUCCACGCCGUUACAUCUCGCUGACAAGGCCCUUGUGCCACUUUGCGGGUCUCCUCCUCCAGGGUGCAGGACGCCAGUCUGCGCUCGAUGCGCGCUGACGAAGGGAGAUGGAGCGCUAACAGGAAGGGAAGUCACUUACCUUGCUCGGAAAAGGAGUGGACAGUUGUGCGUUUCGUGUGUGAAUGAUUUAGGAACAUAUUUUGUAGACAUAUCUUUCAAAUUGCAAAUAUUGCAGAAGAUUGAGGAGUAGGCUAUAGUGCCUCUUAUAGGGAAAAGCGCAAGUGUUCGUCGUCUAAUGUUGGAUCGUGGACGCCGGAAAUCCAGUGGUGUGGCAAUCGUUUUAAGCACAGAAACCCUAGUGCCAGUUUGUGUUUGUGACUGAAGCGUGAUGAUGAAGCGGGCACUGAGAGGGGAGGGGGGCAUUCUCCCCUCCCGAAACGCCAUGACCUUCAUCUUGGAAUUCUUCAACAACGCCGCCAACGGUAAGAGCGGAGAGCGGCGUAGCAAGGAAUCAGGUCAUCCCACACCGAGCCCGACGCCGCCGAACGGCCUGCCUUCAGACAUGAAUCCGGUCAAUCCAGGUGGUGGCAGGCUGUUUCUGCAUCCUCACGAACGGGCGCCGAAGAUCGUGGUGGCCCUCUACGACUACAACGCCACCGAGCGAGGGGACCUGUCGCUGCGGAAGAAUGAAGAAUUCGAGGUGCUUGAACAAGAUCAGGAACACUGGUGGAAGAUGAGAAAUAGACAAACUGGAAUGGAAGGGUUUGCUCCCAGCAAUUACGUCAGAGAGCUAGGAACACCUGAUAUUCAGCAGUAUGACUGGUAUCUCGGCGACGCAACAAGACAGCGCGCGGAAGUAUUCCUAAUGCAACAGGAACGGGAGGGUUGCUUUGUUGUGCGGAACUCGACUACGAACUCUGGUGUCUACACCCUUUCAGUGUAUACGAAACAGCUUAGGUCUCAUCCGCAAGUAAAGCACUACCACAUCAAGAAGGACCCGGAAGGAAACUAUUACCUGUCGCAGAACAUCAAGUGCAAGACCAUUCCCGAGCUCAUCUACCGACACCAGCACAACCCCGGCGGCAUCUGCGCCCGACUGCGACCGCCCACCCUCGGGAGAACUGCGCCAGCGACUGCGGGGCUCAGCCACGAUAAGUGGGAGAUUGAUCCAUCGGAGCUCAAUCUCCUGGAGGAGCUUGGUUCCGGGCAGUUCGGCGUGGUGCGCCACGGCAAGCUCAAGUCCUUGGAUGUGGCUGUCAAGAUGAUGAAGGAAGGGACGAUGAGCGAAGAUGAAUUUAUUGAAGAAGCGAAAGUCAUGACGAAAUUGCGACACGGUAAUUUGGUUCAGCUGUACGGAGUGUGCAGCAGACAACGCCCAAUAUACAUCGUAACGGAAUACCUGCGCUAUGGAUCCUUGCUACAGUAUCUUCGUAACAAAGAAAGAAUCCUGUUAAAUAAUACUGAUGUUCUUUUAGAUAUGUGCUUGCAGGUCUGUAGUGGAAUGGCUUACCUUGAGAAGCAGAAGUUCAUUCACCGUGAUCUUGCAGCAAGAAAUUGUCUUGUGGGAGCUCACAAUGAAAUUAAAGUUGGAGAUUUUGGUUUAGCAAGGUAUGUUGUGGAUGACGAGUAUACUGGCUCAGGAGGUGCUAAGUUCCCAAUCAAGUGGGCAGCUCCUGAAGUGCUAAACUUCAUGAGAUUCUCCUCCAAGUCUGAUGUUUGGGCCUUCGGUGUCUUGAUGUGGGAAGUCUUCACUUGCGGCAAAAUGCCUUAUGGCCGGAUGAAGAAUGCCGAGGUUGUUGAUAUGGUGCAGCAUGGGAGAGUUCUGGAAAAACCUAGAUUUUGCCCUAGUGAUGUCUAUAAUGUAAUGCAACAGUGCUGGAAUGCAAAUGCUGAGAAUCGACCUUCAUUUAAUGAAAUCCUCAGGAUGUUCCAAGAUGAAUGACUUUCAUCAAACAUUGCCCCCCAUCCCUCAGCUCAUACCGAAUAGAUAGUUUGUUUUUAGAAUCUUAUCUUGUAUACUAAAAACUAAAAAAUGACAGCUUCCAAUAUCAUUGGUAUUUUUUUAUGAUGGCUAGUGACAGAACCAGUAAUAUGUAU